GGCCUGCGUCUGCGUCAACCAAUGGCGUCGCGGCAUUGGCUCAGCUUGCGGCAUCUUUGAGAGGAAAAAAAAGGGGAAAGAAGAAAAAAAUAAUAACGGUGCGCUUGAGGCCGGACAAUGUCGAUGGAUUAUUUAAGCGUUUUUAAAAGCGCCGCUCGAAGUGGCGGCAAACGCUGAAGACGACGACGAGCGGAGUCCAACAACAAGCAUGGUGGAGAGAAGGAUGGCCUGGGUGUGGAAGAGGAAGUCGGUGAUGGCCACGGGCCUGGUGGUGGUGGUGUCGCUCUUUGUGGUGGCCGUCAACUUACAGUGGCAGCCCGUGCUGAGUGAAACGUUGGGCGGCCACUGGGCGUCGUCCAAGCAGGCUUACCAGGCCUUCAAGCCUCACCUGGGCUACGUCAGCAUCCCCAAACAAGAACCUCUGAAGCUGAACUGCGAGCUGUGCAGCGUCGUGUCCAGUUCAGGACAGAUGCUGGGCCAGGCGACAGGCGCGCUCAUCGACCGCUCGCCAUGCAUCUGGCGCAUGAACAACGCGCCGACGCGGGGCUUCGAGCGCGACGUGGGCCGCCGCACCACGCUGCGGGUGGUGUCGCACACCAGCGUGCCGCUGCUGCUGCAGAGACCGCAGCACUUUUUCGGCCAGCACAACGACACGGUCUACGUGGUGUGGGGCCCGCUGAGGAACAUGCGCAAGGACGGCAAGGGCGUCGUGUACAACAUGCUGCGGCAGGCGGCCGACAGCUACCCGCAUGCGCGCAUUUACGUCACCACGGAGGACAGGAUGAACUACUGCGAUAUGGUCUUCAAGAAGGAGACGGGGAAGGACAGGAUCCAGUCGGGCUCGUACCUCAGCACCGGCUGGUUCACGCUCAUCCUGGCCAUGGACAUGUGCAAAGAGAUCCACGUCUACGGCAUGAUCAACGACACCUACUGCAAGACGGAAGGCUAUCGCAACGUCCCCUACCACUACUACGAGGCGGGCAGCAGGGACGAGUGCGCCGAGUACCUCCUUCACGAGAGCGCCCCCUACGGAGGGCACCGCUUCAUCACGGAGAAGUCGGUGUUCGCCAAGUGGAUCAAAAGCCACGCCAUCAAGUUCUUCAACCCGCCCUGGCAGCUGUCGUGACCCGCCGAGAGCGUUUAUCCCAGGUCCCGGACUUCAUCCAUCGGUUUUGGAUUGUUUUUUCCCACGGAUGCUUUUCUUCUCAUUGAAGUCAUAAAAACACCUGCCGAUGUCCAUCUUGGAUCCACCCAAUAGAGACAUAGUGUCAGGUUCAAACACUGAUGACAUCUAUUAAACAGACAAAGAAGCAAGGAAUUAAACAGAGACAGAAUUAAAUUUGGCUCAAUGAGGAGAAACGCGUAGACCUGUACCCUUGUACAGUGUCCCACCACGCGCUAACGAAAGAUUGUACGCCUCCUCUUUUAUUUGGACUUUCCCUGAUUACAUGGCAACAGCUGUUUCUAAAGGAAGGGGGGUCGUAAACAGCCGUUGCCUUUGGUUACAAAACAGUUCAAAGAAAAGGUGCCUGGAGUGGGGUCAGGCCCUGCUUCCUCUCCACUUUGUAGAUCUCGGGUCAAGACAAAAUCUUCCCGUGGAUUACAAUACAUCAAAGAAACGGACACCUUUAUGUCGCUUCCCAUC